GUGUUAUCUGUGCUCAUCACAGAACCCAAGUCAAUCUCAAGCCGUUAGAUGAACGAUUACCAGCAAUCAAGUUUGAUCAAUAAAUUCACACCGUCGAUCUCGCAUAUCAAGGUCCGCGAGAGUAGGGAGCUUUUUCCCACCUGCAUCAUCAUCUUCAUCUGAAAGGUCUCGUUCUCGUCGAUUACUCGAUUCGGUGACAGUCAAGGUUCGUCUGCAUCGUUUAUUUUCUAUGGCACCCAUUAGGGGCAUUCUGUCUCUACAAAGGGCAGCUUUGGCUCGGCAUCACAGUGAAAAGUGGGGCAUAGCCUUCAAAUCAUUUAGCACCCAAGGUGGAGCACCAGCUGGUGCUCCACAGCCCCCACCACCUCCCCCUCCUCCUGAGAAAACCCAUUUUGGUGGCUUGAAGGAUGAAGACCGAAUUUUUACCAACUUAUAUGGUUUGCAUGAUCCUUUUCUCAAAGGAGCCAUGAAACGAGGUGAUUGGUAUAGAACAAAAGAUUUAGUACUCAAAGGUGCUGAUUGGAUUGUGAAUGAAAUGAAGAAGUCUGGCCUCCGUGGACGUGGUGGUGCUGGUUUUCCAUCUGGCCUCAAGUGGUCUUUUAUGCCAAAAGUGUCUGAUGGCCGUCCUUCCUAUCUGGUUGUCAAUGCUGAUGAAAGUGAACCUGGAACCUGUAAGGACAGAGAAAUUAUGCGGCAUGAUCCACACAAACUAUUGGAGGGUUGUCUGAUUGCUGGAGUAGGAAUGAGGGCUACUGCUGCUUAUAUCUACAUAAGGGGUGAAUAUGUGAAUGAACGGUUAAACCUUGAAAAAGCACGAAAAGAAGCUUAUGCAGCUGGACUAUUGGGCAAGAAUGCAUGUGGAUCUGGUUAUGAUUUUGAUGUUCACAUACAUUAUGGUGCUGGUGCUUAUAUUUGUGGUGAAGAAACUGCGCUUUUGGAGAGCCUUGAAGGGAAACAAGGGAAGCCAAGACUGAAGCCUCCCUUCCCAGCUAAUGCAGGUUUAUAUGGCUGCCCAAGCACUGUUACAAAUGUUGAAACAGUAGCUGUUUCUCCCACCAUUUUAAGGCGCGGCCCAGAAUGGUUUGCCAGCUUUGGUAGGAAGAAUAAUUCCGGGACAAAAUUGUUCUGUGUGUCUGGACAUGUGAACAAGCCUUGCACUGUUGAAGAGGAAAUGAGUAUACCAUUAAAAGAGUUGAUAGAGAGGCAUUGUGGAGGUGUUAGAGGUGGAUGGGACAACUUACUUGCAGUAAUUCCUGGUGGUUCAUCUGUUCCUUUGCUUCCCAAGCAUAUAUGUGAUGACGUCCUAAUGGAUUAUGAUGCACUCAAGGCUGUCACGUCAGGAUUGGGGACUGCAGCUGUAAUCGUUAUGGAUAAAUCAACCGAUGUAGUGGAUGCAAUUGCCAGACUUUCUUACUUCUACAAGCAUGAGAGCUGUGGACAAUGCACACCAUGCAGGGAGGGGACAGGAUGGCUUUGGAUGAUCAUGGAAAGAUUGAAGGUUGGAAAUGCAAAAUUGGAAGAAAUUGAUAUGCUUCAGGAGCUGACGAAGCAGAUUGAAGGCCACACAAUCUGUGCAUUGGGUGAUGCUGCUGCUUGGCCCGUGCAGGGUCUUAUAAGGCAUUUUAGGCCGGAGCUUGAAAGAAGGAUUAGGGAGCGUGCAGAGAGGGAAUUGCUGGAGGCUGCAGCUUAAAUGUAUACACAGGAAAAUUCCUACUGUUAUGAUGGAAAGAAAUAAAAGCGAGUGCUCCAGAUUUUGGAAGUAUAAGUGACUCGAGCAUCUGGUGCUAUUGUUGGCAUUUUGUUGUUUUUAAGCUGUAUCAAUUACUGUCCCAGAUAAACUAUGAUUUGGUUCAUGUGUGAUGAGCAGGGAUGAUCUCUGUUAUCUGUUUUAUGGAUACUUAUUGAUGAAUUUUUGUUAAUAAUAUCUAUAUUCUGACUUUUAUUGACAUAAAA